AUGGCCAAAGAGGUCCCCAUCCCGGGCCCCAAGGGCGUGCCUUUCUUCGGCAAUAUCUAUGACAUUGAACCCGAGCUGCCCACCAGGAGUUUCGAGCUGCUGGCUGAUAACUACGGACCAAUCUUCCGACUUACCACAUUCGGCGCCCCACGUGUCUUCAUCAGCUCCCACGAGCUAGUAGACGAGGUCUGCAAUGAAGAACGAUUCACGAAAACCGUGACUGCGGGGCUGAACCAGAUCCGCAACGGCGUACACGAUGGUCUCUUCACAGCCAAUUACCCCGGCGAGGAGAAUUGGGCCGUCGCUCACCGCGUGUUGGUGCCGGCGUUUGGCCCGCUGAAUAUCCGCGGCAUGUUUGAUGAAAUGUACGAUAUCGCUACUCAGCUCGUGAUGAAAUGGGCGCGCCAGGGCCCCAAUGUCCCCAUCACCGUGACAGACGACUUUACCCGCUUAACUUUGGACACAAUUGCGCUGUGCGCCAUGGGAACACGGUUCAAUUCAUUCUAUCAUGACGAGAUGCAUCCAUUCGUCGAGGCCAUGGUUGGCCUGCUGUCUGGGUCGGGGGCUAGGGCGCGUCGUCCCGCUCUGCUCAAUAACCUGCCCACCAGCGAGAAUGCCAAGUACUGGAAUGAUAUCACUUUUCUGCGCAACCUGGCCCAGGAACUGGUGGAGUCGCGCAAGAAUAACCCCGAGGAUAAGAAAGAUCUUCUCAACUCGUUGAUUCUGGGCCGCGAUCCGCAGACGGGUCAGGGACUGACGGAUGGUUCGAUUGUGGAUAAUAUGAUUACUUUCCUGAUUGCCGGCCACGAAACCACAUCUGGCAUGUUGUCGUUUCUCUUCUACUACCUACUCAAAAAUCCCCAUGCAUACCAAAAAGCACAGGAGGAAGUUGACCGAGUCAUUGGGCGUCGCAAGAUCACUGUCGAAGACAUGUCCAAGCUCCCCUACAUCACAGCCGUGAUGCGCGAGACUCUGCGUCUGAACCCGACUGCCCCGAUGAUUGCUGUGCAUGCCCACCCUGACAAGAACACCGAAGACCCCGUCAAAUUGGGUGGUGGCAAAUACGUUUUGCACAAGGACGAGCCGAUUGUCCUCAUGCUGGCCAAGAUGCAGCGCGACCCGCAGGUUUAUGGGCCCGACGCCGACGAGUUCCGGCCGGAGAGGAUGCUGGACGAGAAUUUCGAAAAGCUGCCCAAGAACGCCUGGAAGCCUUUUGGCAAUGGCAUGCGAGGAUGCAUCGGCCGCCCCUUCGCGUGGCAGGAGGCCCUGCUCGUGAUCGCUAUCCUGCUCCAGAACUUCAAUUUCCAGAUGGACAAUCCCAGCUAUGAUCUGCGUAUCAAGCAGACCCUCACCAUCAAGCCUAAGGAUUUCCAUAUGAAGGCAACUCUCAGAGAGGGUCUGGAUCCGACGCAGCUCAGCAUCACCCUUAGUGGGAGUGCUAGUACUACCCCGGGCACCACGGGCGCAGCCAGCCGGGACCGGAAACCCAAAGCGACACCUGCAGCAGGCGCCAAGUUGAAGCCCAUGCACAUCUUCUAUGGAAGCAACACGGGCACCUGUGAAGCAUUUGCUCGGAGAUUGGCUGAUGAUGCUGUUGGUUACGGCUACUCGGCCGCAGUCAGCUCGCUGGACUCGGCGAUGCAGAACAUUGCCAAGAAGGACCCUGUGGUCUUUAUCACGGCUUCGUAUGAAGGGAAACCGCCUGAUAACGCUGCUCACUUCUUUGAGUGGCUCAGUUCACUCAAGGGAAGUGAUCUGGAUGGAGUCAAUUACGCAGUCUUUGGCUGUGGACACCAUGACUGGGCCUCCACGUUCCAUCGCAUCCCUAAAGCAGUGAACGAAUUAAUUGCAGAGAAUGGAGGAAACCGACUUUGCAACAUUGGUCUGGCCGACGCAGCCGACUCCGACAUGUUCACCGACUUCGACAGCUGGGGAGAGAGCGCAUUCUGGCCCAGCAUCACCGCCAAAUUCGGCGGGACCGGUCCAGACCAAAACUCCAAGUCGAAAUCGUCUCUCCACGUAGACGUGAGCUCCGGAAUGCGGGCUUCUACCCUCGGCCUGCAACUGGAAGAAGGUUUCGUGGUUGAGAAUAGACUUCUGACGCAGGGCGAAGUACCAACUAAGCGGAUGAUCAGAUUCAAGCUGCCGUCGGAUAUGACCUACCAAUGCGGCGACUAUCUCGCUGUUCUGCCCGUGAACCCGCACGCGGUCGUCCGUCGCGCAAUCCGCCGCUUCGAUCUACCCUGGGACGCCAUGCUGCGCAUUCAAAAGACAUCGCAGACCUCAACAGCCCCACCGUCAAUUCCCCUCGACACACCCAUAUCAGCCUUCGACCUGCUCUCCACCUAUGUGGAACUGUCCCAACCAGCCUCAAAGCGCGACAUCAACCUCCUCGCCGACGCCGCUGUCGGAGACGCAGAAACCCAAGCAGAGCUGCGCUACAUGGCGUCCAGUCCAAGCCGCUUCACAGACGAGAUCGUCCGGAAGCGCGUGAGCCCACUGGAUCUCCUAAUGCGCUACACAGCCAUCAACCUCUCCAUCGGCGACUUCCUCGCCAUGCUCCCGCCAAUGCGCGUGCGCCAGUACUCCAUCUCCUCCUCGCCGCUGGCCGAUCCGUCCGAAUGCUCCAUCACCUUCUCCGUGUUGAACGCCCCCGCGCUAUCGGCCCCGUCAACGCAAGAUAACGAAGCCAUCGAGCAGUACAUGGGCGUUGCAUCGACAUACCUCUCCGAGCUCCAGCCCGGCGAACGCGCCCACAUCUCCGUCCGCCCAUCACACUCGGGCUUCAAGCCACCCACCGAUCUCCAAACACCGAUGAUCAUGGCCUGCGCGGGAAGCGGUCUCGCCCCGUUCCGGGGGUUCGUAAUGGAUCGCAUGGAGAAGAUCCGCGGCCGACGCAGCGGUUCCUCUUCUGAUGACGAAAAACCCGCUCGGGCUGUCCUUUACAUUGGGUGCCGCACAAAGGGCCAGGAUGACAUCCACGCUGCAGAGCUAGCUCAGUGGGCUGACGAAGGCGCCGUCGAUGUGCGCUGGGCAUAUAGCCGGCCCGCAGAUAAAACACCGGGUCAGCAUGUCCAGGACCUGAUGCUGACGGACAAGACAGAGAUCGUCCAGCUCUUUGAUCAGGGCGCGAGGAUCUAUGUCUGUGGCAGUACUGGAGUUGGUGGUGCGGUGCUUGCUGCCUGCAAGAAUAUCUAUCUGGAGAAGAGGCGUGAGAAUCUGGCUAGGGCGAAAGAGACCGGUGAGGAGGUGCCCAAUGCGGAGCUAGAUGAGGAGGCUGCCGCGGAGAGGUUCUUCGAGCGGUUGAGGACUAAGGAGAGCCAUGCCCAUGAAGGCGAUAUCCCAGGUACCGUCGACCUAAGUGCCGUGGAGGGUGAUGACACGGCCUACGGACAAGCCCUCUACCCUGUGCCUGCGGAAGACCCCAACGACCCUUUACAAUGGCCAAUGUGGAAGAAAAACGUUAUCUUGAUUAUUGUCUCGGUUUACUCCUUCCUCGGGAACAGUUCUCUCGUCGGCCCGUCUGUGUAUAUCGGGAUAUACAGUGAAGAAUUUGGGAUAUCUGCGGCGACAGCAUCAGGCCUGAUUUCGUAUCCGAAUCUGGCUUUUGGGUUUGGGUCUCUCAUUCUUGUGCCCAUGUACCUCAAGCUGGGACGGCGCCCCGUUGCAUUAUUGUCCAUGGCAACAUUCCUAGCCGGAUUGAUUGGAGCCUCGAGAUCAACAACAUAUACGGGUCUGAUGGUUGCCCGGGUCUUCCACGGGUUUGGCAGUGGUGUAUGCGAGAGCCUACCAGUACAGUUCGUUAACGACAUAUUCUAUAUCCAUGAGCGGGGAAAGAGAAUCGGAUACUACACAGUGUGUCUAUGCUUGGGAUCUACUGGCCCUCUCUAUGCAGGUUAUAUGCUUGCUGGAGGUUACUCAUGGCGUCUUUUCUUUUACGUGGAAGCCGCUUUCGCUGCUGCGCUUCUUAUCAUGGCUUUUCUGUUUGUGGAAGAAUCAGCUUAUCACCGUCCACCAAGUCCAACUUCCCCGCAUUCUUCAUCAAAUUCUCUCACUGCAGACAAUGGUGCUGAGAAAAAAGGGGAUGUAGUGCAGGUCGAGAAUUCUUCUGGAACAGUGCCUCCACGGAAGACUUUCCUGGCCACCCUUAAGCCGUGGAGUUCUAUCGAUCCGGACGCCAAAUUCUUUGUCACGAUGUUCCGGUCAUUCUCAUAUUUCUUGAUCCCGGCUGUUUUCUGGGUAAUUGCCAGCUACGGGUUGUACAUUGGUCUCGGUGCAUUAGCGUUCAACUAUACCUUUCCACUAAAAAUCACAGAGCCACCAUAUAACUGGAGCCAGACCAAUUCCGGUCUUAUCGCUGUCGCUUCCUUCAUCGGCUACUUCCUCGCCCUCCCCUUCACAUCAAGCUCAGAUCGCCUGGCAGCAAUUCUCACCAAGCGCAACAACGGCAUCCGCGAAGCCGAAAUGCGACUCCCAGUCUUAUUCCCCGCCAUCCUGCUUGCCCCCGCUGGACUGAUAGUCUACGGCUUCACCGCACAACGCAACCUGCACUGGGUCGGGUAUUUUGCUGGUGUAGCAAUGGACCAGUUUGGCUCCUACUUCUACUUUACGUUUACAUUGGCUUACGCGGUGGACUCAUACAACGCUAAUACCCCAGAAAUGCUGAUCGCCAUGAAUCUCGGGAAACAAGCCAUCUCUUUCGGGAUGGGCUCGUUCUUGCUGGACUGGAUCUUGACGCGGGGGUACGCGGUGGUCAUCUCGGGAAUAUUUGGAGGGGUCCUUCUUGUAAAUAACCUAAUGGUCGUUGUUUUUGUGCUUUGGGGGAAAAAGAUUCGGCGAUGGACAGCGCAGUCUUGGCUCGGCAAGAUGCACGCGCGGACUGCGACGAGGGAUAUGACUCACUGA